AUGUUGAGUUCUUUCAAAGCGGUCCAACAGCCGGAUGAGGUGCGUGGUGUUCCUCAAGUGCCGUCUGAUGUGGAUGACUAUAAUACAGAGAUUAAGAUGAAUUUGCGUGGUCAAUUUUUCACGAUUACUAGAGAUGACCUGAUGGCUCUUCCCGAGAGUAUUUUGCUGUGUCUGUUCCCUAAUGGAGUGUUUGUGGAUAUCAACGGAAACGUGAUAACCAACUUGACCGAAGACGAUGUGGUUUAUGUGAAUUUCUCGCCAGAAUGUUUCCAAUAUAUAUGCCAGGUAUUUGAUGCAGCAGUCCAUGAUUUACAAGUGAGCGAACAAAACGGUAACCAUCAGCAGGUAUACGAUAUCAACGACCCUGGGAUUUUGAAUGACAAGCCUUCGAUCAUUGUUCUACGUGAGGACUUGGACUACUACUGCAUACCGCCCGUUGCUGGACUAGAUGCUACCUCGAUGAGAAAAAUCAAGCUGUUCGUGGGAGAACAGCUGGUUGGAAAUAAAAGAAUCUUCGACGGUUUAGGAUACGAGCCAGGAAAACAGUUGAAGGCUGCUGAGCAGCAUCUAUUAGACAUGCUCUGUUCCUCAGGAUUCAAAAUCGAUGGGGAAUGGGGACACCGGUCUUUGGAGCCCGGAAAAACCGUUGUGUUUUCAUUGGCGCUGGUUCGCCUUCUUACAGAGAGUCCCGAGACCCCAGCAGACGAGUCUCCGUCACUUCGGCCUAUCUCGUCUGUAAGCUCGCUGUCGAGUCAACCGGAAAAACGCAAAUCCAGACUCAGUACUCUUGCCCAGGCCGUGUCGCGGUCUGGAUCCAGAGCUCGCAAAGAGAAAAACUCCAUCGCUACCAAGCUGCUUCUGUUCUGGAGAAAGCCUGCCAGAAAGUGCUGGUGGUCCGACACCGUGCUGGACCUGGACAUUUCCAGUUUGAACAUCAGAGAUACUCAAGGCCGGCCUCUUGGGCAGUCCACCAUCAAGAUCCACAUACGGAGAGUGUGGACUUUGGAGCUUCUGGUUGUUGGAAUACACGACACCAUCAAGGACGAGUUCUUUGAAAGACACAACAAAUAUCCGUUGAUCAAGCUCAACGACUUCUAUUUUGGAGCACACGGUCUACUUUUGAACCUGCUGUUGAUCAGUCAGGCGUAUUUCUGGGGGUUCAAGAAGAACGAUAACCAGAAGGUGUCCAUUGCGUGCAAGCUGGGACUCACUGCUGUGUUGUUCUAUGCAAUUGGAUACAGCUUUAUCAUCCACAACUCAAAAGGAGCUCUAUAUUGGGUCGAUCUGCUCACCUCGCUCGGACUCGUCAAGAUCCUCAUGAGCGUGUGCAAGAAUAUCCCGCAGGUACUGUACAACUAUAACCGCAAGUCCACCCACGGCUGGCCAAUCCAGAUGGUGUGGCUCGAUUUCGCAGGCUCGCUUUUUUCGUUUGCUCAACUUGCGUUGGACGCCUACAUUGCAGGCGAUAUCCGCGCAAUCUUCAACAACCUACCGAAGCUUCUGCUCAGCAUGGAGGUUGCGCUCGCGGACUUUGUGUUCUUUGUGCAACACUACCUGCUCUACUACCAGAGGGACGUUGCGCAGUACGGGCCGUUCAAGCCGCUGGCGUCAUACGGAUCCGCGAUCCAGGAAGACGAGGUGUUUCUUGCCGAGCACCAGCACGACCAUGACCACUCUAGAGACAUCGACUGCCGCUUCAGCCCGGUCAACAAGGACGAGCUCCAGCGUCUGCUUCCGUAA